CGUUUUCAACUUUACAAGAUUAAAGCUGCCAUUAUGGAAAAUGGAACUCGUGGAGGCGUUGGUUAUGAGUGGCCGUACCGCAAAGCCUUUUUUAUUUUUAAUAUUCUUGCCGGUUUUCUCUUUGUUAUUCUUCAUACUCAAAUGAUUUUAGUAAUAAUGCGUUCAAAUUCCCUUCGAAAAUUGGCCGGGUAUCAUUUUAUGGUGCACAGUUCAGUUGUUGACCUUAUAAAUAGUAUCACUCAAAUAGUAGCACAAUUAUGUACAUUGGAAAGUUAUGAGAUGAAUCCUAUACUUAACGAGGUAAAUGGUGCUAUCUUUCAAGGUACAUGGGCUGCAGAUUACCCUAUGAUCCUUAUCGUCGCUGUUAACCGAUUGGUAGCAGUAGUUCUGCCUUUCAAAGUUUCAACAUUUUUUGGAGAAAAGUGGACAAAGUUUUACAUCUCCAUUUGCAUCGUAUUUGGAGUUCUGAACACAGCUGCUUGUUUAUCUGGAGAUAUGGCCUGCAUAUGGACGGCUAGCAUCCCUUCAUUUCAAUUUAUUGCCAAAAUUAGUAAGUUUUACAAUUACUAUGAGCAAUAG